CCUUAUCCUGAGAAACAACGCAAAACAUCGCCAGAAAUAUAACUUAUCCGUUUCUAUAACCACACCCUCUUCUUUACAGCGAGAGAGGCUUUUAGCAUCCAUGGCAGCCUUGAGCUGCCAUUCUCAUCCCAUAAGCUAUACGACCAGUCUCCAAAAUGUCAAGAAAAUCGUGGCACCGUCCAUCUCGUGUUCAAUGCAGCCUGGAGGACAAAGCAACAUCAAGGUAAUCGUAAAUGGGGCAGCCAAGGAAAUAGGAAGAGCAGCUGUAGUUGCUGUUACAAAAGCAAGAGGGAUGGAAGUGGCGGGUGCAGUGGAUUCCUACCUUGUUGGAGAAGAUAUUGGAAAGGUCUGUGACAUGGAAGAGGCUUUGGAAAUUCCUAUAAUGAACGACCUUACCAUGGUCUUGGGUUCCAUAUCUCAGUCUAAAGGAAUGGCAGUUGUUGUUGAUUUCACUGAUCCUACAACAGUCUAUGACAACGUUAAACAGGCAACAGCAUUUGGCAUGAAUAGUGUGGUUUAUGUGCCCCGCAUCAAACAGGACACAGUGAUGGCAUUGUCAUCAUUCUGUGAAAAGGCCAGCAUGGGGUGUCUGGUGGCUCCAACAUUAUCAAUAGGAUCGAUACUCCUUCAGCAAGCUGCGAUUUCAGCUUCUUUCCAUUACAACAAUGUAGAAAUAGUUGAAUCCAGGGCAAAUGCUGCUGAUUUUCCAACACAAGAUGCAAUACAAAUUGCAAACAACAUCUCCAAUAUAGGUCAGUUAUACAACAGACAAGAUAUCUCGACUGAAGUCCAGGCACGAGGUCAGGUUCUUGGAGAAGAUGGAGUGCGAGUGCACAGCCUAGUUGUUCCAGGGCUACCGUCUAGUACCACAGUGUAUUUUUCCAGGCCCGGAGAGGUCUAUACGAUCAAACAUGAUAUUACGGAUGUGCAAUCUCUCAUGCCAGGCCUAAUCCUAGCCAUUAGAAGAGUAGUGCGCUUUAAGAAUCUGGUAUUUGGCUUAGAAAAGCUUUUGUGAAAUUUGAUACUGGUUGAGCUCAUCGCAAUUUGGGAUCAAUCCAGUUGACUAUUCACAGAUCAGGUUUUUUCUGAAGCUACAUUCUGAAGGCGAAGAUUAGAGAAAAUUCAAAGCAGAUACACUUGCUGAGCUGCACUUGAUUGGAAUUUUAUUUAUGCAUUUUUCAAUCAAGUUUGACUUAUUGAGUUUCUAACAGGAGCACUCAUCUCUAUCAGAAGCGACUUUAAUUAGCUCAUUAUGCCAGAGAUAGUGUUGGCAUCACUUGUUGUCAUGAAACCAAUGAGUAUACUAUGGUUUGGUCAUAUCCUGAUUAGCCUGAAUCCGCGAAGAUGGCUCAAACUGGUGUGUAUGUGGUGAGACGAACUAUUGCAUUUGCAUGCUGUUACAAUGGCCCAAACUGGGAACACCAUGAAAAUAGAAGAAAGUGAAGAAAGGGAUCUCUGUUGAGGGUUCGCACUCAACAGUGAUUAUUAUGCUUCCUUGUAGAACAAAAUGGGCUGUGAAAGACAAUGAAGAAGGGACAAAGAAUAAUUACAUACAUAGAAUUGGCAGAAGAAGAUGCAAGAGGCAAAAACAAAUUCAACAUAAAGCUAAAAUGAACUUGGAAUAGUGAUAUUGUGAGCAUGAUUUAGGCUAAAAAUUAGUCAGAAAUUCCGGUUUGACACCAAAUUGGUACGCUAUCUUUUACAGAAUAAGUUGAAAUUCCAUCUCCUUAGCCUAGCCAUACUCCUUAUCAGUCAACUUCCUUCUGUACAGAACAAAAAAGUUGAGGAAAAAUAUCUCUUUUUUCC